AUGGCAUAUGAAGUUGGAGAUCGUCUGCAAAUUGAUAAUGAAUUAGGUACAAUACUCUUUAAAGGUAAAAUCAAAGAAUGGCCAUCGGAAGAAGCCUAUGGUAUUGAAUGGGACAACCCAAACCGUGGUAAACAUUCUGGUACAGUCCAUGGAGAGAGCUAUUUUAAAACUCUAAUCCCAGACUCAGCCACAUUUAUAAAAGAACCCAAAUUGCUCGUUAAUGCCAGGAAGAAUGUCACUUUUUAUGGAGCUUUACAAGGGAAAUAUGGAGAUUCCUCGUACAUAUCUGGUCUUGUCAUGGGUACUAAGGAAGUCGAGGCUUUAGGUUUUGAACAACUGAACUAUAGAAAUAAAGAUUUCAGCAGUCUGAGACAUGUCUCUUUAUCUCGAAGUUGUAUUUGUAAAACUCGUGAGAAACUAUCAGAUAUCAUUUUGAUAAAAAACUCAUGUAAUAAUGUUGAAACAUUAGAUCUCUCCUACAAUACAUUUUCGUCAUUCAAGGAUGUUGUAUUAAUAUUAGAGUGCCUAUCCAAAUUGAAAACUUUAAACCUAAAUGGUAAUCGUUUCAUAUCAUGGGAAGGUCUGGACGGUUUCAAAAUAACAACCUUGGAGCAUCUGUCCAUGUCGUCAUGUUAUUUGUCACCCGAUAACGUCCAACUGUUGUUACAACUUUUUCCUAAUUUGAAACAAUUAGACAUUAGCUAUAAUUUACUAGAGUCGCUUCCGGAUAAGAGCUUUACAAUCCCAAAAUGUCUCAAAGGAUUAAAUUUAUCUUGUAAUCAGCUAUAUAACAUGCCUAAAUGUUUAGGUCAAUGGAAAUUAGAAGAACUAAACCUUUCUCAUAAUCUCUUUUCCGAGGUAAGCUCGAUCAAUUCUGAAACGCUGAGAGAUUUAGACAUUUCAGAUAACAAAUUUGUAGACUGGACAAUAUGUGACGAAUUAAAUAAAAAUUUAGCCCAGCUGAACUCAUUGAGAAUCAACGGAAAUCCGUUAUUUACAAGUUCAUCAAAACCUGAAACAGAAUUACUUUACGAAACUCUGGCGAGAUUUGAUCACCUACACAUCGUGAACGGCUCGAGCUUUUCAUUACAAGAAAGGAAAGAGGCAGAAUUGUACUUUGUUUCUAAAAUAUUGAGUGAUGAAAUACGUUUCGAGAAAAACUUGGGAAGAUGGGAAUAUUUUAACGCUAAAUACGAUAUCGAAAUGAAAUUGGAACAUGAGAAAAAAUCUUGGCUGGAUAAUCUGCUUUUGGAGAUUGAAAUUCACUACCAUGGUAAUCAUUUUCCAAUACUAGUGAUGACAAAUUAUACAAUAAGACAUCUGAAAACCAUUAUCAUCAAAAGAUUGGCGUUACACGUGAAUGAUGUCAAACUUUCAUUUAGGAUUUCGAAUGAUAUCGUAUUUGAAAUAGACAAGAACUUUUCUACAAUUGAAGAUACUGGUAUACAAGAAAAAACUAAAGUUUUUGUGACUCAUAAUGGGCAAGAAAUAGAAAAUAGACAAACCUUUUCGAAAAGAAAAUAA